CCGCAGAACACCACAGCGCUGCUCUCUUUCCUAUUUAGUUCGUUUUUUAACAACCUUCAUACAUUUUUUCACUUGUUUUACAGCAAAUAAAAAAUAUAUAAAAGCUGUAUUAUCAUUAGAAACUGAAACGGCUUCAAACAGCUGUGUUUAACAGUGUGUAUUUUGCUUCUUUAAUCGGGUGAUAGGUCACAAAACAGGUCUGAGUACUAGUCAGGUGACAGCGACAAAAACCUCCAGUUGAGUGACAGGCUGGUUCGACCAAUCAUGUGUCGUGUUUUAAUUCAGGCAGCCAAUCAGAGUGAAGGGGGCGGGAACAAACGGUGACUAUUUUUUUCAAGGGAGAGGAAAUCCUGAGGAAAUGUGUGGUGGGAUCACGCUCCUCCGUGUUUCCAAGUGGCUUUAUUGACAAACUAUUUAUCAUAGUGUGACGGUAGUUUAGUGUGUAGACAGAUCGACAAAACACGGGCGUGGAGAGCGACAAUAAGGAGGCGGGAGGUCCGUUGUUUAGGGUCAAAAUGUCGAUCCAGUACGAGGUGGAGCAGCUGGCUGACAGCUACGGAGUGGCGGACUCUUUCCCUAAAGACUUCGGCUACGGUGAAGAAGAGGAGGCCGACAUCGAGGACAGCCCGUCGGCGUCCGACAGCAAGCCGAGGAUCCUGCUCAUGGGCUUGAGGAGAAGUGGCAAAUCAUCCAUACAGAAGGUGGUGUUCCACAAAAUGUCUCCCAACGAGACCUUGUUCCUGGAGAGCACCAACAAGAUCUACAAGGACGACAUCUCCAGCAGCUCCUUUGUCAACUUCCAGAUUUGGGACUUCCCGGGUCAGGUUGACUUCUUCGACCCCACCUUCGACUACGAGAUGAUCUUCAGAGGAACCGGGGCUCUGAUAUUCGUCAUCGAUGCUCAGGAUGAUUAUGUGGAGGCCCUGGGCAGGCUCCACCUCACCGUGUCGCGGGCCUACCGAGUCAAUCCAGAGAUCAACUUCGAGGUGUUCAUCCACAAAGUGGACGGCCUCUCAGACGACCACAAGAUCGAAACCCAGAGAGACAUCCAUCAGAGAGCCAACGACGAUCUGGCAGACGCUAGCUUAGAAAAGCUGCAUCUCAGCUUUUACUUGACGAGUAUUUACGACCACUCCAUCUUCGAGGCCUUCAGCAAAGUGGUGCAGAAGCUCAUCCCGCAGCUCCCCACUCUGGAGAACCUCCUAAACAUCUUCAUUUCUAAUUCAGGGAUAGAGAAAGCCUUUCUGUUCGAUGUGGUCAGUAAAAUCUACAUCGCCACAGACAGCUCUCCUGUAGACAUGCAGUCCUACGAACUGUGCUGCGAUAUGAUCGACGUGGUCAUUGACGUCUCCUGCAUCUACGGUCUGAGGGAGGACGGCAGCGGCAGUGCCUACGACAAGGAGUCCAUGGCCAUCAUCAAGCUCAACAACACCACUGUGCUGUACCUGAAAGAGGUCACCAAGUUCCUGGCCCUUGUCUGCAUCCUGCGAGAAGAAAGCUUCGAGCGCAAAGGAUUAAUAGACUACAACUUCCACUGUUUCCGGAAGGCCAUCCAUGAAGUAUUUGAGGUGGGAGUUUCCACCGGGCGUCCAGCGGGCCUCCAGGCGGUGGGCUCGCCCUGCACCAAGGCCGUCGCACUGAACGGCACGCCGCGCAACACUGUCUAGACACUGAUGCAAAAUAAAAAAGACUCAAAAAGACAGGAAGAGGAAAGGAAAGGUGGAGAAGGGCCAGAGAGCCUGUAGAGGAAAGACUACUAAACUGGAGCUCACUGGCGCGCCAAUCACAAUCCCUUUGCUCCCAGCACCCCAAAGUACUGUCAGACGACACUGGAGCACAGCGGGGUCAAGCUUUCUCAAAGCUCAGAUGGAAGGGAAACUCAAGCAUUCGUUUCAGGUGAAUGCAAGGCACCGCGUCGUCUGUGAGGACGUCAAAGAGAGUAAAACUGCACCUGGACAGGAAAAAGGUUCAGGAUCUUUUCUUUGGAUUUUCUAAAGCAGUCAAAAGGCUGUGAUAAUUCGCUGCUGGUCCCUCCAAACGAACAAUGUGAGGAGGGAAAAACAAACCCUUGUUGUAACCUCUCGGACAAACGGUGAUGUCAGUCUGCAGGAAUCUGUCUCGUGAUGAACCCACCCCCGACCACUUCUGUGCUGAUUUAAAAAAAAAUAAAAAUAAAAUAAAGAUGGUGGAUGUGACCUGCUAGUCCUAACCCACACAUGUUUCAGAGAUGGCCUUAUGUAGAUGAAGCUUGUCUGCAGUGCAAGCUUUCUCUCACCACCACUCACCUCACGCUACCUGAAUGCUGCCCAAAACUCGCUUUUUGGUUUCACUUGUGAAGGGAAAACAAGGUUUCAUGAGCAGACUGAAAAGGGAUUGUGCUGUCCAUCUACCUUGGUCUUGUAUGUAUGUAUGUAUGUAUGUAUGUAUGUAUGUAUGUAUGUAUGUAUGUAUGUAUGUAUGUGUGUGUGUGUGUGUGUGUGAAUGAAAAGGUUUUGAUUAGAUCCCAGACUGGGACCUUUACAAAAAGAGUUUAUGUCCUUCUUCUCAAUAACAGCAGCUUAGCAUAAUUAAACUCCUUUCAAUCAGUGAAAGUAAUCUCUCUGUGUGUGCUCCACUGAAAAUCUUUUGAUUGACUUUGUGAUAGGUUGUAAAAAAAAAUAAGUUUGGUUUGAAAUUUGGAAACGGUCUUUGCAAAAGCACUGCCAAGAUCAUUAAAUAAACUCAGAAACAGUAAUGAAAAUAUGUCACGAUUAAAACCUUAUUUGUUGCCAUCCUAAGAAAGAAAUGUAUUGGGUUGAGAUGCAGGACUGAUGGAGAGGUUCACACUCCACAUUGGCUGUCUCAGACAUUUUUGGGAUGAUGAUAUGAGGCUGGUUUAAACUUGCAUGUCUUUCCACCUACAGCUUCAGUCCUGCCUAAAAUGAUUAACCCAUGUUUUGUAUUAAGUUUGGCUCCGUUCAGCAGGAUUCACAAAAGCAAACCCAUUCCAAGCAUGCAUCCGUCGGUGUGUUGUGUCAACUUGUAUUGUUGUCAACCGUAACACUGCUCAUUGCAUUCAAAGGUGAGAAAGUGAGAAUGAAACUAACCAAGACUAUUAAACAGAUAAACCAGGAGGGGAAAAAGACCAAAUGUCAUUACUUUUGCCAUUACAGUGACACACAAUAUGUUCAUGCCUGUUUGUUUGUAUCAGGAGUGAGAUGUGGGAACUCUGGCUGCAUCUAAAGAAGCAGGACUAACAUGUUAUCUUGAUAACAUUUGCUGAGUAAGAUGCCUGUAAAACAUUCAUGUUUUCGGAUUUUACUCAGCAAAGUUAUUCUGGUAACUCGCUGAACGCGCUUCUUGAAACGGGCCCCGAGAUCUUCUCAACCUAGUCGUUAUUCAGUCACCUGAAAAUAAACACUUGCACAUCAGAACUGUGAUGGAUGAUUGAUUUCAUGUAUUGUGAUGCUAUACUAUGUGAAAUAAAUGAAAAUUUAAAUUUUG